AUGAGCGAGGCACCAAAGCGGAAAGCGCCUCCUGGCGGUGACUCCCAAGGCCGCCAGUGGAAGAAGAGCAAGGGUGGGAGCAAAGGACGAUGGCAGACUCCAAAUCACAAGGCAAAAUUGGAGGCUCAAAAAGCCAAAGGUGGCACGCUUGAGGUUGGCGAUGUAGGGUUCUGGGUUAGUUGCCAGCGCACCAAAGAGCAAAAAGCACUAACAGAGCUGAUUGCGAUUUGCGAUGAGUACGGAGAGAAGGUCUACGGUCUGAAACGUCAGGAUGAUGAGGUCGCCGACGACAACAACAGCGACGAGGAGAACGGCGAUAUCGAAGCAUCCAUCCAGAAGGAGCUCGAGUCAAUGAAGACCAACGCCAAAUCCCGGCGUGAGAACUCGGCUUUUGCUCCUAUGCGGAUUAACAUGGAUUGCCUACUCUUUGUCAAGACCAAGCCCCCUGUUGAACCGCGAGAAGUUGUUCGGCGAAUCUGCGAGGAUGCCAAGCUGGCAACUGACCGGGCCCAGAGAAAGUCCAGGUUCAUCAACAGGUUCACCCCAAUCACGCUGAUGGGUAGAGCGACUGAAACGGGUGUGCAAGAGACGGCCAAAACGGUUUUGGCCGAGCAUUUUCAGCUUGCAGGGGUAGACGAGCAGCCCACCGACGAGCAGAAGCAGGGGCCUUCGUAUGCGAUUCGUUAUACGUCAAGAGCACACAAUGUGCUCAAGCGCGAUGAUGUUAUCAAGCAGAUUGCCGGUCUUAUCGGACCGCGUCACAAGGUCAACUUGACUGCACCCGACAAGGUGAUUCUGGUUGAGGUUUUCCAGACGUUUUGUGGUAUGAGCGUGGUGGGUGGGGACUUUGAAUCGUUGAAACGAUACAACCUUAACGAACUCUAUGUGGCAGCUUUCCAGGCCCAGGAGGAGGGCGCGACUAAUAAGGUUGGCGACAGCGAUAUCAAGGAGAAAGGGAGUGAAGACAAGGAAGAGAAGGUCGACGAUGCGAAGGGAAGCGACCAAUGA